AUGAGAAAUCAUGUACUAGCAGCAUCAAUUUCAAUGCUCUCCCUGCUGGCGAUCGUGGGAGAUACAGACAGCAAAAUGGACAGUGCCUUCAUGAUGGACUCUGACCCUGGGCGCUGCAUGAGGCAUCAUUAUGUGGAUUCUAUCAGUCACCCUUUGUACAAAUGCAGCUCAAAGAUGGUGCUGUUGGCAAGGUGUGAGGGGCACUGCAGUCAGCCCUCUCGCUCAGAGCCUCUGGUCUCCUUCAGCACAGUCCUGAAGCAGCCCUUCCGCUCUACCUGUCACUGCUGCCGGCCCCAGACCUCCAAACUGAAGGCCCUGAGGCUUCGAUGCUCUGGGGGAAUGAGACUCACAGCCACCUAUCGGUACAUCCUCUCCUGCCACUGUGAAGAGUGCAGCUCCUAA